AUUUCAUAUACAAAUCCGUCUCAACGCUCUUUCAAGUUUAGCAGUGUUCUUUUUGGAUUACCCAUCAAGAAGAACCCUUUCAGUGCACAGAGAAGAAACCACCACAAGCAGCCCCAACAAUGGUGUCCCUCACCCUACAGAAGCGGCUUGCUGCCAGUAGUCUCGACUGUGGCAAGCGCCAAGUAUGGCUCGAUCCCAACGAGACCUGCACCAUCUCCUUAGCCAAUUCUAGAAUGAGCAUCAGAAAGCUCAUAAAGGAUGGUUUCAUCAUCAAGAGGACGACAACAAUCCACUCGAAGUUUCGAUCUCGACAAAGCCACGAAGCAAAAUCAAGAGGCCGACAUUCUGGGUAUGGAAAACGAAGAGGAACAAAGGAAGCAAGGUUACCCACAAAGCUGCUAUGGAUGAGAAGAAUGAGGGUCCUCCGAAGAUUACUGCGCAAAUACAGAGAAUGUGAGAAGAUAGAUAAGCAUAUUUAUCAUCAAAUGUAUACUAGAGUGAAGGGAAACGUCUACAAAAACAAGCGUGUGCUGAUGGAAAACAUUCACAAGGUCAAGUCCGAAAAAGCAUCAGAAAGAACACUUUCUGCACAGGUCGAGGCCAAGAGAGCAAGAAACAGUAAAGCUACAGUAAGCGUUGUAAAGCAGAAAGAUUACACUGCCAUUACAGGCUCUGGCAGCGACAAAAUUCACACAUUCAGGGAAUGUCUUCCUUAUGGAGUGGAAGUUUCAUAAAACUGUUGAUUAGAACAUAAGUGCAUAAUUGUCCUUUUAUUUUUGCAAGAUCAGAUGUAUUUGUAUAUUUGUCACCAGUUCUAUAUUGUAAUGCUUGUUAUUUAGGCUACUUUUUAUUUUUCAUAGCAUGCCAGAAUUUGAAUAAGUAUUGUAGAGGAAAAAAAAUCAGUUAAAAGUUAAAUGGAAGUUGUGCAUAACCAUUUAUUAACUA